AUGAGGGUCCCUUUGGCUGAAAGCGAUCAAGGACGCUCCAGUUUUAUUCUGAGGUCCUUACUGAGAAAGAUGGAAGGUGAUGAAGAAGACAUCAACUCUCAGCCACCCUGGGCCUUUAAAUGGCAGCUUCCAGGCAAGCAUUAUGCAGAAGACCCACAAAGCAGCAGUAUUCAGGAGAGUGAACAAUGGAAGAAUUCAGGACAGCAAGAGAAGGAAAUAGGUGCGUGUUUCACAAAUCUCCAGAAAAGACAGCAUCCUGGGGAACGAGAGGCUGAAAGGACCAGCUAUGUGGUCCUGAAGGGGCAGCACCACCAGGGCAAGAAUUUGGUGCUGAAAGAGUUAACACACAACAACUCUCCAACCGUGCACUCCAGUGAUGUCUCAGCACAUCUAGAGAACCUCUUCUUGGUGCGUACUAAAGCAAGCGGGGAUGAGCUAGACUCUGGUGACCAACAGCACUUGGGGAAGCGUCAGCACCCCGGAAAAUGA